AAAAAAAAAGAGCAAGACCAACGAUAGGAAUGGGUUUAAGAGCCGUUGUCGCUAUUCCCUUUUCUGUGUGUUUGUUGUUUCAACCUCUUCUGGCGUAGUUGCUUCCAUCAAUUUCACAUGGCACGUUAACGGUCGACGCAAUUUCCUUUGUCUUUGAAGCAAGCUAUAUUCACGAGUGACUUAAGUGCCCGUCCCUGUCUGGCAAACCAAAGGCAUCACUGUGCUCUGUGUAAGGCAUGGGUACCACUUCUGCACGCUCCCACAGCAAAAUUAUAGCUUUAUGUAGGUUCCCAGGAUCAUUAUCCUGGUCCCGGUCAGUCAUGCAACUUGUGGCCACGUUUUGUCUCGCGACACACGUUUCUGCGACUGUCGGGGUGCUGCAACCAGUCGAAUACGCCGCAAACAUCGCACGCGCCAUCAAGAUGGCGUCCGACACACUCGGCGGGGCUGAUGAAGAAGGCGUUUUUAUAAAGACGAUGCAUGGCCGUGGCUGCCUUGAUUCUGGCUGCUGCUCAAUAGACUGGUCCCAGCGGCUACGAGUUAACUCCAACUGUCCUACGUGGGGCUGGCUCAAGUGGAACUCCGACGGCCCUUUGAUCGUGAGCCAGCGUCCGCUGUUCAGAGGCUGCCUUGAAUGCGAGAACGCUGAGCUGGGAUGCGUGGCACAUGUCUCACGCUGCAGCGGUCGCCUCGAUCAGCAGUGGCGGCUGAAGUUCGCCUCCAACUGGACUACAGCGUUCGGCGAAGCCCUGUUCGCCAUCGCCAGCUUCUACUCACCCGAACACUGCCUCACACUCGUCAACGGUGGCGGCGACGGUGACUUCUACGCGCUCCAAGAGUGCGUCAAGCCUCGGCCUUCAGAGUGGCAAGGCUUCUACGUGGUGCGAAACCCCCUCAAGCGUUAAAUACACCACACUCACCAGCUCACGUCACGCAUUAUCGCAGUAGCGCCUGCGUAUAAAGUCAACCCACACAGUCACCUUUGUCAUCAGAAUAUAUCUAAUACCCUCGCGCCACUUAAACGGGGAUCUUCCGUCAAAAACCUGGCAAGGUUUAUGGCAUGAUUCUUCACGGAAUACAAAUUGAACGUCCAUAGUCGCGGCAUCUUUGUAAUGUCACCUGCCUCGCACUGCAUUUAUCUUCUUUCUCAUGCUCUGUGAUAGCUUAUUUAUACAAGCUAGGAGUUUAGAAUCCACUGGUGUAGCGAUGUUCUCAGGAAAACCAAAAACCGCGACCAACAUUUUGAUUCUAUCAACAGCCUGAAGUGGAUAUUAGACCACUCGCUACAAAGUUGAGGGUGCCCACAUUUGACGAGCGCAUAGUUUAAAAUGAUAAGUACAAUGCCUCAAUGUCAUGUUGUAGUGCUCAAAAGCGGAGUGACUUAGUUUCACGAACUUAGGUAGACAGAAAAAAAUUAACUUUUUUUGCGGCAAGCCUGUGUGCAGGUGCUUAAACCCACAAAAUUCUGUAUAAAAUUGUUCAAGUCAAAAGGCAAAGAUGUCUAACUGGUGGAAAAAGCUAUAAAACUGUUGUUUUUUUUUCACUUGACUGACACUUUAGCCUUUUUUUACGUGAAAGAAGAAAAGCACC